GGAUGUUAUGCAUGGUUAUGAGAAACAAUGAAUUUGUUUGAACCAUUUGCGAAGUUAUCGGCAAUAAUGUAGUGUAUUAAAGUGUAAGUUGAAGAAUCAUGUGUAUUAUACGAUUUUAUCUAGGCGAGGCGUUUAGUGCACAUAGAACAAAUGAAAUACUACAAAAGUUAAAACUUGUGGACUCCGAUGUUCUCGAGUUAUCGACAGAAUUGUGUUACCACGUGGAAAUUGAGGAAGGCAAUUUAAAUAUUAACCAAAUUAAAAUUUUGAAAUGGCUUUUAAGUUCGCCCUUGCAGCCAAAUGCUUUGAGGAAUGAAUCAUCUUACAAAUGCGUACAAAAUAAUCAAUUAAUAAUAGAAAUUGGACCCAGAUUUAACUUUUCAACUGCUGAUUCAAGUAAUUCUGUUCAAAUUUGUGAAAGUGUUGGUUUGAGAGAUGUUGUCCGUCUUGAGUAUUCCACUAGAUACCUCAUUACUUUUAAACAGGCUAAAAAUGUCUCGAAGGAAAUGUUUGAAGAAUUGGCCGCACCAUUACAUGAUAGGAUGACACAAUGUAUUUAUACAAAAGAAAAUCUUCCUCGGAACAGCUUUAAUGAAGCUCUACCAAAGGAUCUAGAACCAUGGUUUGUUGUGCCGUUGCAAAAAGAGGGUAUGGCGGCAAUGAAAGCUGUUAAUGAAAAAUUAGGUUUGGCUUUUGAUGAGUGGGAUAUGGAGUUCUAUAUGAAUUUAUUUGUAAAUCAAUUACAAAGAGAUCCAACUAGUGUUGAGUUGUUUGACCUUGCUCAGAGCAAUAGUGAACAUUCAAGACAUUGGUUUUUCAAGGGGAAAAUCAUAUUAAAUGGGAAAGAAUUAGAUGAAUCACUGAUAGAUAUGGUAGCAUCUACACAGAAGACAUCAAAUAAUAACAAUGUUAUUAAAUUUGGUGAUAAUAGCAGUGCCAUUAAAGGUUUCAAACAUAACAAAUUGAGACCGCUUAAUGUGAGAGGGCCGUCAGAAGUGAUAAAAGAGGUAACUGAGUCGGAUAUAAUAUUCACUGCGGAAACACACAACAUGCCCACAGCGGUUGCCCCAUUCAGUGGAGCGACUACCGGCACUGGAGGGAGGAUCAGAGAUGUGCAGGGAGUGGGCCGAGGUGGACAUACUGUGGCCGGUACAGCGGGCUACAGUGUUGGGAAUCUACUUAUCCCAGGUUAUGAUUUGCCAUGGGAGGCCAAAACUUGGAAAUAUCCAAAUAACUUUGCAAGUCCGUUGCAGAUUAUCAUAGACGCUAGUAAUGGUGCUUCUGAUUACGGCAAUAAAUUUGGGGAACCGGUUAUAUCAGGAUUCGUUCAAUCGUAUGGAUUGAAAAAUGGCGAUAAUGUAAGAGAAGAGUUUGUGAAGCCCAUUAUGUUCAGUGGAGGAAUAGGAUAUAUGCCGCAUAGUAUGAUUAAAAAGAACAAACCUGAAAAGGGAAUGUUGCUGGUGAAGGUGGGGGGGCCGGUGUACCGCAUCGGCGUGGGCGGCGGCGCGGCCUCCUCCGUGGCGGUGCAGGGCGGAGACGCCAGGGACCACGCACUCGACUUCGGCGCGGUGCAAAGAGGUGAUGCUGAAAUGGGAAAUCGUCUGAACAGAGUUGUAAGAGGAUGCUUAGAAAGUGAAAUAAACCCAGUUGAAUCAAUCCACGACCAAGGCGCCGGUGGUAACGGCAACGUGUUAAAAGAGCUGGUGGAGCCCGAGGGUGCGGUGGUGUUCUCCGAGGAGUUCCAGCUCGGAGACCCCACCAUCACCACCCUGGAGCUGUGGGGCGCCGAGUACCAGGAGAACGACGCGCUGCUCUGCACCAAGGAGAAUAGACAUAUACUUGAAGAUAUUUGUCGCAGAGAAAGAUGUCCAGUGUCGUUCGUUGGUGAAGUAACAGGAGAUGGCUACAUGAGUCUUGUUGAAGAUUCAUACAAAGAGGUCCACAUUCCCCGAGAGAAUAGACUCAAACCUGAAAUUAAAUCCAAACUGCCUUAUGAUUUGCAUUUAGACGCUGUGUUAGGUAAUAUGCCACGUAAGGUAUUUGAUUUUAAACAAGAUAAUGUGACCAAAGUACCAUUGUCUUUGCCCAACGACAUAACUGUAGAAGCUGCUCUGGAUAGAGUGUUACGACUCGUCAAUGUUGCCAGCAAGAGAUAUUUGACUAAUAAGGUGGACCGCUGCGUGUCGGGGCUGGUGGCGCAGCAGCAGUGCGUGGGGCCGCUGCACGCGCCGCUGGCGGACUGCGCCGUGCUCGCGCUCGCGCACUUCGAGCUGGUGGGUUCCGCCACCUCCAUCGGCACGCAGAACGUCAAGGGCCUGUUGGACCCCGCGCCCGGCGCGCGCCUCUCCCUCGGCGAAGCUUUGACCAAUCUGGUGUUCGCCGGCAUAUCGUCAUUAGAGGACGUGAAGUGCUCCGGCAACUGGAUGUGGUCCGGCAAGGCGGGCGGCGCGGGCGCGGCGCUGGUGGCGGCGUGCCGCGCGCUGUGCGAUGCCAUGGCCGUCUUAGGAGUCGCCAUCGACGGCGGCAAGGACUCCCUCUCCAUGUGCGCUAAUGUCGAAGGACAAACAGUCCGUUCCCCGGGCACGCUGGUGGUGUCGACGUACGCGCCGUGUCCCGACGUCACCGUCAAAAUAGAGCCAGCGCUGCUGCGGGAAGGCUCCGCCCUGCUACACGUCCCCGUCACGCCCGGGAAGUAUAGAACUGGCGGCUCAUCUUUAGCGCAGUGUUACAAGCAAUUAGGCGACAAUCCUCCAGACUUGGACGAUCCUGCAAUUCUCAAAGCCUUAUUCAAAACUACUCAGAAAUUACUCAAAGAGAAGAAACUUCUAUCCGGCCAUGAUAUAAGUGAAGGAGGUUUUAUAACGACAGUUUUGGAGAUGGGCAUUGGUGGACUUCGGGGUUUAAACAUCGAUCUGCAAGUGGAAAAGGGGGUUACAGUGAUUGACUCACUAUUCAAUGAAGAGCUCGGUAUCGUGUUAGAAGUGGACCAAACUGAUGUUAACUAUGUACUCAAUGAGUAUAAAAAGAAUGGUGUUGUUGCUAAAGUUAUUGGCACAACUGGGAAGUACGGUAUGCAGUCAGAGGUGGUGGUGAAGGUGAACGGCGAGUGCGUGCUGCGGACGACGCUGGUGAAGGUGUACCGCACGUGGGAGGAGACCAGCUACCGGCUGGAGUGUCUGCAGGCCAACUCCCACUGCGUCACGCAGGAGUGGCUCGGUCUGGAGAAACGUAAAGGAGUUACAUACAAAGUGACAUUUGACCCUUCCGCAGCGGUUGUCAAAUCUAACUCUGUUAAAGUGGCCGUCAUAAGAGAGGAAGGUACGAAUGGCGACAGAGAGAUGAUGGCGUCUCUGAUGCUGGCCAACUUCGAGGUGUUCGACGUGACGAUGAGCGACCUGCAGGCUGGCAAGAUCACGCUGGACGUCUUCAGGGGUUUGGUCUUCCCUGGGGGAUUCAGCUAUGCAGACACCCUCGGAUCCGCUAAGGGCUGGGCCGCGGGUAUCCUGUUCUCUGAGAAGCUGCACGCUCAGUUCGCGCACUUCAGGAACCGAGAGGACACGUUCUCGCUGGGCGUGUGCAAUGGAUGCCAGCUGAUGGCCAUGCUGGGCUGGCUUGAUGUCGACGAUUCCAAUAACUUCGCCAACAACACGCAGAUAUUCCUCGAUCACAAUCUUUCUGAAAGGUUUGAGUGUCGCUGGAGCGCAGUGAAGAUAAGCGAGCGCGGCGAGGACGUGUGGUUCCGCGGCAUGGGCGGCAGCGUGCUGGGCGUGUGGGUGGCGCACGGGGAGGGGCGUUUCGCCCUCGCCGCGCCGCGCCUGCUGCAGCGCCUGCGACACAACGGACAGGUCGCCAUGCAGUACGUGGACGACGACGGAGCCCCCACUGAGACUUAUCCCAUGAAUCCCAAUGGAAGCCCCGAGGGUAUAGCGGGCGUGCGGUCUCGUGACGGGCGGCAUUUAGCCAUGAUGCCGCACCCCGAGCGCUGCGUGCUGCGCUGGCAGUGCCCCGCGCCCCCGCCCCCCGCCGACACGCGCGCCUCGCCCUGGCUCAGAUUGUUCCAGAACGCGUACAUCUGGGCCGCUGACAAAGCUUAGCGAAAAUCAACCUUCUGUUCUUUUCAAUAGAGUUCAUUUUAUUUAGUUAAUGUUAGGAAAAUUUUGACAACAAAUACAGAUUAAAAAUUUUAUUUCUAGAAUAUCUAUUGUCUAUUGUUCCUUUUAGUGUACCUUGCAUUUUGUUUUUUUUUUUUUUAAAUGAUCAUAAUGUAAGAAGUUUUUGUCUUUUGAAUUAUUCUCUUUUUGGGUAUCUUUGUGUUUUAUAAUACAUAUUAAGGAAUCUGUUGCCAUGGAGUAAUUUAUCCAUAGGUUAUCUUUUCGAAUUAACUCUUAGAUAUAUAAAAUUGCUAUUUCCAAUAUUAUAAUCAUACAUAAGACAUUAAUUUGUAGGCAUAAGUGACAACACAUGUUUCAUUGCAUAUCUUUAUUUGAUAGAUGAACUAAAUGAUAUCAAACAAAAAAUAGACCUCGAAACAUUUCUUCACUAAUCAUUUAUCUUUUAACAUUGUUCCUUUUACUUAUAAGUAUAGUUUAAUAUUAUAUUAAGUAUGCUUUUAUAUGGGACCAAUUAUACUAGAAAUAACAAUAAAGGUAGCAUUUUAAUAAAAUUUGUAUAAAUAAUUUUAGAUUAUUUUGCAAGUAUAAAGUUGAUCUUGGACUAAAAUGACUAUCAAUUAAAAGUUUUUUUAUAAUCCACAAUAUUAUGUUUUUAUGAAAUACCAUACUAUAAAUAUUUUAAUUACAAUAUGCCAAAACAUCAUGCAUUUAUUUUUACAUUCCAAACUUACAAAUGUACAGUUCUAUAUACAGUUUGUGUUAUUUAGUUAUUGUAAAAAAUAAAAAUAAAACGUA